CUGGCAGCGCCAGCUCACCGCCACCACGAGGUCCACGGCCCAACCACCCAUCCGUCUCCGUUCAUCAGCGCUGCGCUCAUCCGAUCUUCAUCUGAUCCGCCGGCGCCGCAAUUUUAUCAUAACGAAGCUUCUGUUGCAGCAGGCCAGGCGAGAGGCGAGACGAUUCUCGUUUGCCAUCAUCACAUCCUCGUCUUCCCCGACUCCGAGAGUGAGAGCCUAGGCGGGCGGCUGCUAUGGGGGAACACGGCCACCCUUACUCGCCGGCGGAGCUGGAGCUGCUGGGGUUCGUGCCGCAGCGGCUGUCCCAGGGCGAGAUCCUCGCGCCGUUCCUGGGUGCCUCCCUCCUCGUCGCCCUCGCCGUCUGGCUCAUCUCAGGGAGAUGCGGCUGCAGAUCGUCCAAGGCCGACCGCUUGCUCAUGUGCUGGUGGGCGUUCACCGGGCUGACUCACAUCCUACUCGCGGGGCAUUUCCUCUUCACCCCCGAUCUCUUCAGCAGGGAGAACCCCAGUUACUUCGACGAACUCUUUAAGGAGUUCAGCAAGGGUGACUCCAGGUACGCCGCCAGGGACAACGCAAUCUUCGCGCUCGAAGUGGUAACGAUCGGGUUCAAAGGCCCUGCAUCGCUGCUCGCAGUCUAUGCAAUUGCAUCCAGGAAGUCCUACAGCCGCAUCCUCCAGUUCGCCAUUUGCUUGGGCCAGCUCUACGGAUGCUUGUUCUACUUCGUCACCGCGUACUUGGCUGGCUUCAACUUCUGGGCCAGUCCAUUCUACUUCUGGGCGUAUUUCGUCGGCGCGAACAGCUCGUGGGUUGUCGUACCAACGCUCAUCGCUUCAAGGAGCUGGAAGAAGAUCUCCGCGGCAUUUCGAGCUGAGAAGGUGAAGACCAGAUGAUCCUGCCUUCGCCAGUAGUUAGGGGCUGAUUGGUUGCCCGGUUUUGCUCGAGCCAGGCUCUCGGCGUGCAACGGGCGGAUGAUUGGUUAGCUGCAGCAGCAGGGCCUGGCUGGCGCCAUGCAAGGUUCCCACCUGAGCCUGGCUCCACAGAUGCGGUAAAAUCCUCCGUUUCCACCGGGCCAGGCUGAAGCGAGCGCACGAGCUGUGCGGGAGUAGAGAGGAGCGGUGCAGAGACAGCGUGAGAACAGGGCAACCAAUCAUCUGAUCUGCUUAGCCAUGCUGUAAAUAUACAGACAACCAAUCAACUGGCCUUUGCAUGGCGUCGGUCUGGCCAGACACAGCCUGGCUCGGUGGUGCGGGGCAGGCUGGGGCCAUGCGGGAAACCAAUCACGCCCUUGGUGUCCGUUUGGUUGGAGAUGAUGACAACUAUUGUAAAACGAUGGGCAGAUCAUUUGUUCGUCAAACCGGAAUCCUUGUGAUAACUUAUUGCAGAUCCCAUUGUACCUUUUGCAAAUGAUCCUGCCUUCGCCAGUAGUUUGGUUUGGAGAUAAUGAUACUUAUUGUAAAAUGAUGGGCAGAUCAUUUGUUCCUCAAACUUGUUGCACAUCCCAUUGUUCCUUUUGCAAAUGA